AACACUUGACCCCGGUGGCACGACUUCCGGGUGAGUGAUUCGGGGCCUGCAGCGCGUGGUUGAGCCGCAGCCUGAGGGGAGCAGCACUGAUUCCGAGAAACGAUGGGGGACUCAUCCGGCGAGGAUCGCUUCGAUGGCAUUCUGCUGGCAAUGGCCCAGCAACAUGAAGGGGGUGUUCACCAGCUUGUGGAUACAUUCUUCAGUUUUCUGAGGCGCAAAACUGACUUCUUUACUGGUGGAGAGCAGGGAGCAGCUAACAAAUUGGUCACAGACACUUUCAAACGCCACCAUAAAUUAGCUAUACAGGUUCAGAUGGAGAAGGAGGUGAAAAAGGAAGCAGAGAGAAAAGAAAAAUUGGAACGGGCAAAGCUUAUAGAGGAGAAGGAGAAAUCUGAACCAGAACUGAAGCAGCCAAAGAUCAAGGAGCUGACUAAUGAGGAGGCAGAGAAAUUGCAGAAGGAGAUUGACCAGAAAAAGGAGCAUAAGAAACUGGAAAAUGAAGGAGAUGAAGUCACAAUCAAUGGGGAGAAGAAUUCAGAAAAACUGGAAACAAAACAGGCAGAAUCCGAGUCUGAAGGUGAAGAGGAUGAGAAGGAUAAAGGGAAGCUGAAGCCCAAUGCUGGAAACGGUGCUGAUCUGCCAAACUAUCGGUGGACCCAGACCCUGUCUGAGGUUGAUCUCCUGGUCCCAUUCCAAGUCAACUUCAGAUUGAAGAGUCGGGAUUUCAUUGUAGAAAUCCAAAGGCGCCACUUGAAAGUGGGUCUGAAAGGCCACCCUCCUGUGAUCGAUGGUGAGAUGUUCAAUGAUGUGAAGGUGGAGGAAAGCUCAUGGCUGCUAGAGGAUGGAAAAAGCAUUAAUAUACAUCUAGAGAAGAUCAAUAAGAUGGAAUGGUGGAACAAAGUAGUAACAACAGACCCAGAGUUAAAUACCAAAAAAAUUAACCCUGAGAAUUCAAAGUUGUCAGACUUGGAUGGUGAGACACGGAGCAUGGUAGAAAAGAUGAUGUAUGAUCAACGACAGAAAGCCAUGGGACUUCCAACUUCAGAGGAACAGAAGAAACAAGACAUACUGAAAAAGUUCAUGGAGCAACACCCAGAGAUGGACUUCUCAAAGGCCAAAUUCAGUUAAAAAAUGCAUCUUCCCUGGAGCUGCAGGGGCUACCCAAACUUGUGGAAGAUUUUCUCCAGGAAGGACUCCCUUUGAGCAUCACUUAGAGCCUUGAAACCUGGUUUCUGAGCUUGUAAAUCAUUCAGGUUAUUCAUUGUGUGGAGAGCAAUUGUGAACCUGGCAGUUGCAGUGCAGUCACUAUGCUGGCAUCCACUGGCUGCCCAUUAAUAAUGUCAUUUUCUGGCUGAUCUUAGAUAACUACCCAAGUACCUUCUGGUAAUGCCAGUUUGCAGGCUUGUUGUAAACUUGAUUACUUUUUAAAAUUACCUUUGACUGUUGCUGCUGAUUGCUGGAUGGUAACUGAGGGAGAUGUGAAACGUGUUGCUGUCACCUCACACUUGUUGUCUCUCUACAUCUGAUUGGGGCCCUUGCGUCCUUUUCAGUGAGUUUGAGCAACAUCCUGCUAAACACAUUGUAAACAGGUGUUACCCAGAACUUGCUCAAUGGUUUGUUAUUUCUCCCUGUGCUUCACAAAGUUCAAAUAGGCAUUCAGUUUGGCAGUAGCUCAUUCUGAUCAACAUGUUUUGCAAAUGAACAUAUUAGAAGCUUUCCCUUUCAUUGAGACUUUCAGUGAGCACUAUGCAAAACCCCACCUGCUAAUAUUUGAAGCAGGGUGAGCUUGCGUUCAGAUAUUUCUUGCUGGUUACUUAACAUAUGCUGUAGCCCAGUCAUGUCUAUAUUGCCACAUAUGCUUCCAGAUGGGCUACCUUGUGUUAAAUUUUGAAGUCGUCUGAUUGAUUGAACUGCCACGCAAUGCCAGGUGAAGGCCAAAGUGUUGUAAAUAUCAGGGUCGUUGCUCUCCAUUUCCUUGUCUGUGUUUCCAGGUCAGUAACAGGGUGGCUAGAUAAAUUGUUGAGUGCAGUGCUAGUCCUCGUGGGUGUGUUUUAUGUUUAUUUUUAAUUUGUUUGCAUUGAUGCACUUGGACGCGAUGCUGGAACUCAUUUCUCAAUAAAGUCAAGCCACUA